GUCACAUUCAGUGUCAGUAAAUUAAGUUAGCCAUGUGAUAAAGCUGUCUUCCUAAUUAGAUGCCUACAGCAGCUUUGUUUGGGAUUUGUGCAGGACAGGGAGAACCCAGAGAAAGCGGAAGAAACCCCGGAGGACUUUGACUUUUGCAUCGACUCAGCUGCUCACAGUCUGUCUGUACUGUAGCAUUCACCUCCAUCGGCUGGGAACUUUAUGUAAAGGUUGCUUAAACUCCAUCAUGGACAAAAAGGGCGGACGGAGUGACCACAAAAUAAACAACCUAGAGAAAACCUCUGAAAAGCAGCAGCCUCUCACAACAUGCCUGUUCAGCGCAGCCUUCUUCGGGUCCCUGGGUUCAUCUUUUCUUUAUGGCUACAACCUCUCUGUGGUCAAUGCACCUGCUUUGUACAUUAAAGCUUUCUACAAUAAGACCUGGAUUGAGAGGUAUGGGGAACCUAUUCCUCCAGAGACAUCCACUCUUCUGUGGUCCAUAACUGUGUCCAUCUUUGCCAUCGGAGGCCUUCUUGGAGCUCUGUCCGUCUCUUUGAUAAUUAUAGUUGUAGGACGAAAGGGAACCUUGCUGCUGAAUAACUGCUUUGCUGUGAUAGCUGCUGUGUUGCUGUCACUGGGCGAAGUGUCAAGAUCUUUUGAGAUGCUCAUCAUUGGCCGGAUCAUUGUGGGGGUGAACUCUGGUAUAUCUCUUAGUGCCCUCCCCAUGUACCUGGGAGAGAUUUCCCCAAAGCAUAUCAGAGGUUCUAUUGGCCAGUUCAACUCCAUCCUGAUCUGCUUGGGAGUGUUCACAGGACAAGUGCUGGGUCUGCCUGAGCUCUUGGGUCAGGAGUCCAGGUGGAACUACCUAUUUUCGUUCCUGGCAUUUCCAGCAGUGCUGCAGUUGUGUGUGCUACCCUUCCUCCCUGAAAGUCCCCGGUACCUGCUGCUGGAGAGGAGAGACGAAGUGGGAGCAAAAAGAGCUUUUCAGAGAUUUUUGGGGAAGAUGGAUGUUUCCCAGGAGUUGGAAGAGGUCCAAGCGGAGGCACGGGUUCAGGAAAACCUGAACAUUGCCUCUGUGUUACAGCUGCUGAGGAACCCAGCUCUUCGCUGGCAGCUUAUCACAAUCAUCAUCAUCAUGGCCUGCUACCAGCUCUGCGGCCUCAAUGCUAUCUGGUACUACACUAAUGGGAUCCUACGGGAAGCAGGCUUUGCAGAGCAAUUACUCCCCUACAUCACACUGAGCACGGGGGCUACAGAGACUCUGGCCGCCAUCAUCUCAGGUCUGGUGAUUGAGCGAAUUGGGAGAAGACCCCUCCUUAUAUUUGGUUUUUCCUCCAUGGCUGUAUUCUUCAGCCUGCUCACAGUUUUCCUCAACUUCCAGGACAGUGUGUCAUGGGUGCCAUACCUCAGUUACAUCUGUAUACUGGCUGUUAUUGCAGGCUUUUGCUCGGGACCAGGUGGCAUCCCAUUUAUCCUGACUGGGGAACUGUUUGAACAGUCUUACAGACCUGCUGCUUUCAUGAUCGCUGGCAUUGUAAACUGGUUGUCCAAUUUUGCCGUGGGCCUCUUAUUCCCCUUCAUUCAAGAAAAGUUGCAGUCGUUUGCCUUCCUGGUAUUUGUGGUGGUCUGCAUCUUGGGAUCCAUCUACCUCUGCGCUGUUCUCCCGGAAACCAAAAACAAAACCUUCAUGGACAUCAGUCAGAGCUUUGCUAAAAUCAAUAAAAUGCCAGUGCCUUCACCUGGCCAGGAGCUGGAACUGGUCCUGUCCAUUAAGCCGGAGAAUAACGAGAAAGCUCAAGACAUCAAAAAGAUUGAGAGCUCCUUCUAAGCUAACAAGCUGCAUUAAUUAUGGCAGAGGCAGGCUCAAAAUAUAAAAGAAAAAUGUUGUUUUUAUAUAUUUAUUUGAUGAUUUUACAUAAUGAAACAGAAAUGUAUACUUUUUGUAUGUUUUGUUGGACUGGAAUAUUCAAGAAUACUUCAAUAUUACAGUAUUUGUUUUCUGUCUCUUGAUAAAUAAGAUAGAUGAACUGAUCUGUUUGUGUUUACUGAUAAAGAUUGAUGAGGUGAUCCAAAGUGGAUGAGGAGUGGGGUCUUGCUGUCCAAAUAGUAAAAAGGCAAGAAGUUGGAAGAAAUUUCUACUACAUUACAGGGCUACCAAAAACUGAUAAUAAAGAUUUUUAAAAGCUUUUUUUGUUUAGAGAAAUUUGGAAAAUAAAAGAUUGCGUGUGAAUGGUUUUAACAUACAGGUUUGUUUAAAUUAUAUGAAGUGUGUUUAAAAAAGUGCAUAGAACUGAAAAGCCUUUGACUGCCAUACUCACUUGCAUUUGGAGACACCAUUUCUAUUCCAAAUUAAACCAUUAAGUAAAAUGUGUGAAAUAUGUAAUCGCUGUACAAAAAGGCUGCUUGAAAAAUGUAGUGUCUGUAUUUUAAUUUUUAUAAAUUUACUGUACAACCUAAAAGUGCUUAAAGCUUUAGUUUUUCUGGGAUAUUAAAUUGUAUAAUGUGUUGGGUCACCAGCAUUUGGUCAGGUAAACCACAGUCACUAGGCAGCUCAACAGGCGGCGCAGCUCUGACGGCACCGGAAUUUAUAAAAACCCACUAAAGCGAAUGCUGAGCUGCCAUUUCCAGCUGUAGUGUGCCAAUACUACCCUCGAAGGCCAUCUCUGGAGUAAUAGAAGCUCGCAGGUGGGUUUACGUUUCCUCCACACAGGUCAUUCCCCAAAGAGCUUGACAAAGCUGGAAAUCUGUCCGAUAUAAGAAGAUCAGAAGAUAUCCCGAUCAAAGUCGCUAUCCAGGUGAAGAUGAAAACCCACAGAGUUUUCCCAAGGAGAUAAGUUUCCUGCUUGUUGUUUCAGUCGACUGCAACAUUUCAUCAUAUUUUUCCUGUUUUAGACAAAAGAGGAGAAGGUGACCAUUUAGAGUGUUUGCGGACCUGCGACACUUGCCACACAUAACUUCAUUCCUCCUUGAAGCAAGUCCACUCGCCUGCACCCCUUUUCCCAGAGGAUUCGCCACCAAGUAAACUUGUUUUGUUUUCUAUUUUUGGUCUCUAGUGUAGGCAAGGUGAGGCAUAGUUAAGGUGAAUUAGGAUCACCAUUAAUUAAUCCAAGGUGUUAACUUCUUGCGUGCAAUAUUGAAUGAACUGUUCUGAUUCCUGUUCAAUAAUGUUGGACUCUGAAGCGUUGCUGCGCAGCAAAGAUGAAUGCCGGUUCGUGUGUAAUGUGUUUUGAUCAACUGAGCCUUGUGUUCAUCUCCACAUCUCCAUUGUUUCACAGUUUAUGGCCUUUGUGUUUCACUGAGUUCCCACCUUGUGUGUGUGGGGGGUUAUGACUUUGCUGGAGGAGCUCGCUUUCAACUGUUAGUAGUUAAAGAGCUAAGCCGCUCCCGAAGGCGCUACCUAUGUAGAAAACACCUUGCCAUUCAUUGAUUUUGUUUCCACAUUCCAAGUCAAUCCGAAGUUUUCAUUCCCACUCAGUCCAAAACUGCUGGUUGGAUCUCCAUCACAACACACUCAAUACGCAUCCUUAUUCUUUGUUAUUUAAUGUACUCCUUUCGUAGAAUAAUGCAUGCUUAAAGGGUGAAAAGUUGUAGAACAUGAAUAUUUGAUUGGAAGAGGGACUAUUGGUUUAAUAAAUUUUCACAUAGAUAAAUA